ACAUCGUAGGCAUCUUUCGCGGGCGACGAAAAUCGCAUUCUUUUGUGGUAAUAUUCUGUUUGUGAGGAAAUAUCGUGCAGCACAACGGUCUGCAAUAGAACGCAAGCAUGGAGGUCGAUACAGCCGCUGAAAGCGUUCCCCGGGAAGCGACCGGCACGGAAAAACUGCACAAGAGGAAACCUGCAACGCAGUUGAGUGAGAUUCGUCAAGUGCUUAUCCCAAAGACACGCAAAACGGCGUUGAAAGAAAACUGGAUGAAAAUUUUUACACCCGUUGUCGAGCAACUCUGCCUGAUGAUACGAUACAACGUUAAAAAUAGUAAGGUGGAAAUAAAGGCCACUGAUGCGACGCCAGACCUCACCUACCUGCAGAAAGCGGACGACUUUGUGCGUGCCUUUGCGCUUGGAUUCGAGGUUGAGGACGCGCUAGCAAUGAUCCGGCUGGACGAUCUGUUCAUCGAAAGCUUCGACGUAACGGACGUGAAGUCGCUCAAGGGUGACCACCUUAGUCGGGCGAUCGGACGGCUGGCGGGAAAGGGUGGCCGGACCAAGUUCACCGUAGAAAACACGACCAAGACGCGCAUCAUUCUGCAGGGCUCGAAAAUUCACAUCAUGGGCAGCUACAAGUACAUCCAGCACGCCAAACGCGCCCUUAGCCAUCUGAUUCUGGGCUCUCCAGCCAGCAAGGUGUACGGUAACCUGCGCACGGUGGCCGCCAAUCAAGCCUCACAACGAAUGUAGAGGUGAUUGCAGCCAAUGCAACGAAAAGAUUAUUUUGAAAUGUAAUUUAGUUGUUUAAGAAAACCGUUCAUUUUCAAUUAUGUGAAUGUGUUCUUUGAUUUCGUGGGCAAUUAAACCCACAGUACAGCAGAUCAUGUAAUAUAGCACGAUAUUUAACUGUUGGCGAUCGUGGUAUGGAAUAAAGAAGCAACAAUACC